AAUGGUGAAUGGAUUAAACAUCCUGCUCUCCUAUCAUCUCACAUUAAGGAUUUCUUUCAGGGUCUCUUUACAGCCAAGGAGACAGGGUUUGAUGAUCAUCUUCUGCAGGAUUUCCCUCGGUUGGUUAAUUCAGACAUGAAUGACCUCUUAACCAGACCGGUGACUUCAGAAGAGAUUAAGGCAGCCGCUUUCUCUCUUGGAUCCCAUAAAUCCCCAGGGCCCGAUGGCCUAAAUGGAUUCUUUUUCAUGAGAUUUUGGGACGUGGUGGGAGAAGAGUUGUGUCAAGAAGUCUCUUCUUUCUUUUUGACCGCCUCUCUUUCUGCAUGAUGGAAUGAUACACAUAUUGCCCUUGUUCCAAAAGUCUCCACUCCUGAGAGAAUCAGCCAAUAUCGACCUAUAAGCUGUUGCAAUUUCAAAUACAAGGUGAUCUCCAAAAUCAUGGCCUCCCGUAUCAAAGAUAUGAUGCCAUAUUUGAUUUCAGAGAUGCAAGCUGCCUUCACAGGAGAAAGGAUGAUCCAAGACAAUAUUAUUAUUGUGCAUGAGGUUGUCCACCACCUUAAGAAUCGUAAGUAGGGUCGGAGGUAUGACAUGAUGCUCAAGAUGGAUAUGCGCAAGGCCUACGACUUGGUGGAUUGGGAUUGUCUAGACUCCCUUCUCUCGGCCUAUGGCUUUAAUCAGACGUGGUGUAGUUGGGUUAAGGAGUGUGUUCGAACAGCUCGGUUUUCUAUCAUCCUUAACGGUGGCCCAACAGGAUUCUUCUCGCCUUCUAGGGGAAUUCGACAGGGUGACCCACUAUCCCCCUUUCUUUUCAUUCUUAUGUCUAAUGCCUUAUCCUUUAUGUUGGAUAUAGGUAUUUCCCAGGGAACGAUCCAUGGUCUUAGGCUGAAACAACAUUGCCCUCUUCUGACUCAUUGCCUCUUUGCGGAUGAUACGGUCAUCUUUGGACGUGCAUCUCUGGAGGAAGCUGAGGCUAUUAUGCAGAUUAUCAACAGUUACAGCUUCCUCACUGGCCAGGAAGUGAAUAUGGACAAAUCCUCUCUAUUCUUCAGCAAAAACACUCCAGAUGAUCUGAGAAGCCGAAUCACUUCUCGAUUUGGAUUUCCAACGAGUAUUCUUCAUGACAAAUAUCUGGGGGUCCCCACGGAAUGGGGGAGAUCAAAGAAUGAGACUUUUAGCUUAUGGAUCGAUCGUAUGGAGAAGAAAUAAUUGUCAUGGAAAAGUCUUACUCUCUCCCAUGCAGGGAAGGAAACUCUCCUCAAAGCGGUUAUUCAAGCUAUUCCUACCUUUAUCAUGAGUGUCUUCUUGCUCCCGGCCUCUUUGACCAAAAAGAUGGACUCUCUUCUCCGUAAUUUCUUCUGGUCGAGAUCAAUGAAUAAACGAUCUAUUCCGUGGCGAAAAGGGGAAGUGCUCAAUGACCCUAAAUGUAUAGGUGGGCUUGGUUUUCGAAAUUUUCAUUUCUUUAACCUUUCCCUUCUUGCAAAACAGAGCUGGCGUCUUUUGAAUGAUCCAGAAGCCUUGUGGGCUCGUCUCCUAUGGAGCCUUUACUUCCCCAAUUCUGACUUUCGUUCAAUGCGGAAGGGAAGGUCAUCCUAUUGGAUUUGGGCAAGCUUGUUUGAAGCAAGGAAGGCCUUGGACUUAGGGAUGAUUCGUAUCAUCGGCGAUGGUGCUGACACGUGGUUCGACAGGGAUCCUUGGAUUCCGACCGUGGAAGGCCAUAGGAUUUCCUCUCCUGAUGUCCCUCACUUCAGGGUCAAGGAUUGGAUGGAGGAAGAUUCCCAAAAUUGGAACUGGAACCUGAUUCAUAACCAUUGCUCUGGUACGGAUUCAGAAGUUAUCUCCAGAGUUCAAAUUGGCACGCCGAACUCCAAGGAUAAGUGGGUUUGGAAGUUUACUACAAACGGAGGUUUUUCUGUGAGAUCUGCAUACCAUGGAGUGAGGAACCAUGCUCGACAGUCCUCUCACCAUCCCACCAGGACCUCAAUUUCCCCUCUUCUGAAGACUCUUGGAAGUGACUUUGGGCUCUUGAGCUUCCUCCCAAGAUACGGUUUUUUAUUUGGAGAUGCUUGAGGAACGCUAUCUCUAUGAAAACCAAUCUCCAUCAUCGACGAUGCUCUCCAUCCCCUCGGUGCCAAAUCUACAAUGUGGAGCAAGAAUCUCUCAUCCAUUGUCUUUUCCUUUGCCCUCAUGCUAAGGAAACGUGGGCCAGGGUUCUUCCGCAUUUUAGACUCCCCACCCCCCCCCCCCCCCCCCCAAAUUUCAGUCAGUGGUUCUUCGCGAUGAGAGAUACGAAUGCUCUUUCUUUGAUUUGGCUCAAGACCUUCUGCCUUUGGAACACCUGGAAGGCCCAUAAUGAGUUCAUCUUCCCUAGCGUCAAUUUGUCUCCUUUGAUGACCUCUAUUUUCGCCUUUCGAGAUGCUUCUGAGCCUUCUCCUUCUCUUCUUUCUCGUAACCCUACGAACCAGGCUAGGGAAAUUCCUUCACAAUCUCAUCCACCGCCGAGAGAUUCCUCAAAAAGGAUCCACUGUGACGUAUCAUUUGAUAGUGAUUUGCAAGAGGCGGCUUUUGGGGUAGUUAUUACUAAUUCCCAUGGACAGAUUUGUGAUGGAAGGGCUGGCAGGGUCAUUUGUUCGUCUCCGAUUAAGUUUGAGGCACACGCUCUUGUGGAAGCUUGCCGACUUGCAGCUAUGGACAACUCCCCUACUGUUAUCAUCACGGACUGCAAAUCUUUGGUGGAUGCUCUGAACGUUGACGAGUCCUUGUGGCCUUGGCGUUGUUUUGCUCUUCUCUCGCAUGUGAAGGCCUUUCUACACCAUUGCAACUGGAUUCAUAUCUCUUUCACCAAUCGAAGAUUCAAUAAGUGUGCGGAUUGGGUUGCUCGUAAUGCUCGUUGUUUUUCCCUUCCACCGGACUGGAUUUACGUUUUAUCCAUUGUUGCUCCCUAUUGUAACCUCUUCUCUUUCGGAUAUGAAUGAAUGAAAUCUUUAUUA